CUCCCCUUAGUCUACUCCCCCUAUCUCUCUUCUUCUACAAACUACCCUCUACAUCCCAUAUGCAUCAUAACUAAACCAUUCCCUUCACACAACAAUCAAUCAAGUUCUAGAACAUUAAUCCAUAAUCUACAAUGGCUUCAUCCAAUAAUUUAGCCACGAUUGAGCCAUGGAUGUUCAGAUCCACCCUCUCCGACUCAUGGUACCCUGAUGCCUUCGCAAGAGAAACCGAAACAGCCCUAACCAGAGCCCUACAGCAAUCGCUUUUUAACAACCACCACCAAUCCGGAAUCGAAAUCGUCUCCGCCGCUGACAACUCCAUUUCCUCCUCCUUUAUGAUGAAGCAGAAUGAUUAUUGCAGUACCACGACUCCGUCGGCUUCCACCGUCACAGCUAGCGGAUCCGGGUCGGAACCGGAAACCCCUGGAUCCAAACGCCGCGGAGCCAACCUCGGGGUGUCGACUGGUAAAUCCUCAAAGCGGAAGUCGCGUGCUUCGAAGCGGUCCAUGACGACUUUCAUCCAAGCUGACCCGGCUAAUUUCCGGCAGAUGGUACAGCAGGUAACCGGAGUGCAGUUACAAGGAAUCGGAAACGGGAAUGGAAACGGGCAGUUGCCGGUUUCUACAGUGCUGAAACCGGAGCCACUCCGGCAGCCAUUCAUUAAUAAGUUUCAAGGAUGUUUGCCGACGUUAGACACCUCCGCUUAUCUGCUUGAACAUCAGAACAACAAUAAGUACAUGAACAUGACGAUGAAUACGAACGGGUUCUCUCAGCCGCCGACGAUGAAUCUGGUGGCGGAAAACGGUGGCGCCGGAAUGGAUUUUUACUCCUUUUGUAGCUUCCCUACUCUUGAAUCAUCAAUCUAAUUGUAAUAAAGAUAAAGAUGUUUUUGUUUCUUUCUGUGGGUGUUCUUUUAUUGGUGGUAGCUGUUUAGGGAAAAUCGUUUUGUCAGAGGAGCAAUUGAUAAAUAUCCAGAACAAUCAUGCUUUAAUGAGUUGUACUCUUCGCAUUAAGAUUGUGUACUUUUGUGAUUUUAGGUGAAAAUGGAUUCUGACAUUUUGUCUAA